AUGGACCAACAAGAUGAGGACCCUCGACAGAAUCAUCAAUAUCCUCUCGAUCACAGUUCCUACAAGAUACUUGCCAUGAUCGAAGCUGGUGUAAGCGCAAUUGUCUACAAGGCUGAAUGCCUGUCGAACUCAUCGGCCGUGGCAAUCAAAGCAAUCGAUCUUGAUCGAUCCAAAGCCAACUUCGACGAUAUAAGGCGGGAAGCCAACACCAUGUCCCUUCACUCCCACCCAAACAUCYUUAGAGCCCAUUGUUCGUUCACAGUCGAUCGUCAUCUCUGGGUGGUCAUGCCCUUCAUGUCUGGUGGUUCUCUUCAAUCCAUCAUCUCUUCGUCUUUCCCUGAUGGCUUGCCGGAGCCCUGCAUAGCUAUCGUUCUGAGAGAAACCCUCAACGCUCUCAUGUACCUCCAUGACCAAGGCCGGGUCCAUCGAGACAUCAAGGCUGGGAACAUUCUGGUUGCUUCAGAUGGGUCUAUUAAACUCGCCGACUUCGGUGUCUCUGCGUCAAUCUACGAACCCAGUCCGUCGUCCAUGAAAUUCAAUGGUGUGGCAGGAACACCUUAUUGGAUGGCACCAGAGGUGAUACACUCUCACACUGGGUAUAGCUUCAAGGCUGAUAUUUGGACAUUUGGGAUUACGGCAUUAGAGCUUGCUCAUGGUCGACCUCCACUCUCUCAUCUUCCUCCCUCAAAAACUCUGGUGAUGAGAUUCGCCACCAAGUUUCAAGACUACGGGAAGAACACGAAAGACAAGAGUAGGUUUUCAAAGAACUUCAAAGAGAUGGUCAAAGAUUGUCUAAAUCAAGAUUCAUCGAAGAGACCCACCGCAGAGAUGUUGUUGAAGCAUCCCUUCUUCAAGAACUGCGGGACCCCAGAUUUCCUCACCAAGAAUUUAUUGCAAGGGUUGCCCACAGUUGAAGAGAGGUUAAAGAAAAUCAUAGUAGAUCAUCCUCCACCGGUUUGCAGCACCGAUGUAAAUGUACAUGAAGAUGACAGCGACGAAGCAUCCCUUGAUUACUCUGUCAAGAAUAGAAGGAUAAGUGGAUGGAAUUUCAAUGAGGGAGUACUAGAGCUGGACCCUAUUUUCCCAACUGACAAAGAAGAAAGCUCCUCUCAGACCCAGACGACGGAAGACGAUCAGGAUUUUAUUGCAGCAGCUGACAGUAGUAAGAUCAUCAGAAACACCAUUGAUGUCGAUCAGCAGGAUCAGGUAACCAAAGAACAAGAUAGAGCUGAACCAGGGAUGCGAGGAAUUGUUGAUUUGGGUGGUGCAAAGAUCAACAUUGAUCAAAUUCAAAUCGAUGGAGGUGUUGAUCCAACAGUUUUACAAGAGGGAACACCAAACCAGCUGGCAACUUGGUCUGCGACGGUUAGCACACUGGAAGACCUUCGGCAAAGUUUGGAUAGCGAACAGGACAUGGUUAUGUCCUUAAUUGGAAGAAUUCAUGGAGCAGAACUUGGUCUUCGUACAAUAAGUCCCGAAGAAUGUUGUAUGAUGACAAUCAACGGGCUCAGAAGAGAACUCGAGAGAGUGAAGAAGAGGGUUAGUAUCUUGGAACAGCAAUUAGAGAGGUUGACAAUUAUCUUUCCUGCCAGCCCCAGCUCCAACAACGACAACAAUGGCGGAAAUGAUGAUGAUGAAAGUAAUGCAAACCCAUCUCAGUGA